AUGGCCACCACUACUACGUCGGCUAUUUUGCCAACCAUCCAGAUCGAUGUGAACUACAGGGAGCUUCUGGAAUCCAUCAAGGACUUCAUGCUUCAUUUCAAAGGUUCUACUUCGACUGAAGAUGAUGCCAUGACUGAUGAUGCCAUUACUGGUCCAAAAUACAUGGAUCUUUUACAAAAAAUUGCCAACCGUGAGCUUUCCACGCUCUACGUUGAUUUGGAUGACUUGCAGGCCUACCAAGACUACCUGACUCUUUCCGUCAACAAGAACUUGGUACAAACUGUCAUUAAGAAUACUCAUCGUUUCAUUGAAGUUUUCAGUAAUGUGGUGGAUGAUAUCUUACCAGAACCAACCACUGAUGUCAGUUAUAAAGAUGACGUCUUGGAUGUGAUCAUUCAUCAACGUAAAUUGAGAAAUGCAAGACUUCAACAAGAUACAGCUGAAGAGUUCAAUAGUUUAAGUCAAGGAUUGAACACCCAACCUCCCGCGGGAGAGCAAUCUGCUUCUACUGUCCCAGCCGAUAAUACAUUCCCUUCAAAACUUACUAGAAGAUAUUGUCUUUACUUCAAGCCACUCUCACAAAAGAAACGUUCCCUUGCAGUACGUGAAAUUAAAGGUGGAUUGCUUGGUCUGUACAUAACCGUCAAGGGGAUUGUCACUCGUGUUAGUGACGUGAAACCUUCAGUCUUGGUCAAUGCCUACACUUGUGACAAGUGUGGGUUUGAAAUUUUCCAAGAAGUUACCUCGAAAACAUUUUCUCCCUUAACUGAAUGUACUUCUACUCAAUGUCGUGCUGAUAACACCAAGGGUCAAUUAUUCAUGUCAACCAGAGCUUCCAAGUUUUCAAGUUUCCAAGAAGUUAAGAUCCAAGAAUUGGCCGAUCAAGUCCCAGUGGGUCACAUCCCCAGAUCUCUCACAGUCCAUGUCAAUGGUGACUUGGUACGGUCGCUUAACCCUGGUGACGUGGCCGACAUCUCGGGGAUCUUUAUGCCCAGUCCUUACACCGGAUUCAAGGCCUUGAAAGCUGGUCUUCUCACGGAAACUUACUUGGAAGCACAAUACGUGAACCAAUUCAAAAAGCAAUAUGAAUCUCUUGAAAUCACGGAUGAAAUUCGUAACAAAAUUGAAGAUUUAAAUGCUCAAGGUAACAUUUAUAAUAAACUUUCGCGUUCCAUUGCUCCAGAAAUUUAUGGACAUUUGGAUAUUAAGAAGAUUUUACUUCUUCUUCUUUGUGGAGGUGUUUCUAAAGAAAUUGGUGAUGGUCUUAAGAUUAGAGGGGAUAUCAAUGUAUGUCUUAUGGGUGACCCCGGUGUGGCUAAAUCACAACUUUUAAAGGCGAUUGGGAAAAUUGCUCCACGUUCGGUAUACACCACCGGUAGAGGUUCUUCUGGGGUUGGGUUAACUGCAGCGGUCAUGAGAGACCCAGUGACCGAUGAAAUGGUCUUGGAAGGAGGUGCCUUAGUUUUGGCUGAUAACGGUAUUUGUUGUAUUGAUGAAUUCGAUAAGAUGGAUGAAUCUGAUCGUACUGCUAUCCAUGAAGUCAUGGAACAACAAACCAUUUCCAUAUCCAAGGCUGGUAUCACCACCACUUUAAAUGCUAGAACAUCGAUUCUUGCCGCUGCUAACCCUCUUUAUGGACGUUAUAACACCAAGCUUUCUCCUCAUGAAAACAUUAAUCUUCCAGCUGCUCUUUUCUCGAGAUUUGAUAUCAUGUAUCUUAUUUUGGAUCAACCAUCUAGAGAACUUGAUGAAAAAUUGGCUCAUCACGUUGCCUACGUCCAUAUGCACAACAAACAACCAGAAAUGGACUUUGAACCAUUGGAAUCUUCCACCAUUAGACAAUACAUCUCGAUUGCUAGAACUUAUAGACCAACAGUUCCCAAGGAAGUUGGUGAUUAUGUCGUACAAUCCUACAUUGGUAUGAGAAAGGAAUCUCAUCGUAAUGAAGGUUCUGUCAAGAAAUUCAGUCAUAUCACCCCAAGAACUUUACUUGGUAUAUUGAGAAUGUCUCAAGCUCUUGCCAGAAUAAGGUUCGAUAACAUUGUUACCGUGGAAGAUGUUGAUGAAGCUUUAAGAUUAAUCAAGGUAUCUAAAUCUUCCUUACAUGCCAACGACGACGUUAUUCGUGAAGAUGAAACCCCAAUUUCCAAGAUUUAUCAAAUCAUCAAGAAUUACGCUACUAUUGACGGUAGAUUGGUCAGAAGUGUACCAUUAGCAGAUUUAAGACAACGGAUAAUUGCCAAGGGUUACACCAUUGAACAUUUCGAAGAAUGUAUCAAUGAAUACCAAUACUUGUCUGUUUGGCAAAGAAUUGAUAAUGGUGAAUCCUUGAUGUUUAUUAAUGGUGAUGAUGAGGAUAUGGAUAUGGAAUAUUGA